AUGUCCUCCGAACUCAGGUAUACCGCAAAUACGCAGCUGGAGCACCUUCACGCUCGGUAUACCGGAACAGGACAUGCGGACUUGACGAAGUAUGAAUGGUUGACGCAUCAGCACCGGGAUACGCUGGCGUCCAUCGUCGGGCAUCCCACGCUCACGUCCUACCUGGCCAUCGCUGACGGUGAGGCCAUCGGACGAACCAAGUUCGAGAUGACCGAGCGCAUGCUGCAGCCUUGUGGUCCACCACCGAAGAAAGACGAGGAUUAG